UGCCAGGUCAACUAACGAGGCGUCGAGUUGCAAGGGCUCCUUGCAUUGUUGACAGACAAGAUUCAUGACUGUACGUACAGAACAAGUCUGAGGCCGCCACUCGCUAAACCGAGGAAAUUGAAGGUACGCUGUUUCUGCCAGAGGCGGGUCAAGAUUGAAGCAAUAUUGACUCAGGCUUUGAAGAGAACGGUGAUCACAAACUUACUGAAAGCCACGGCACAAACUCGAUGAAGGCCUGUUAUACCCGGUGCUGCCCGGCGAGCCAGUCUGCUGGAAAGCCCUCAGUCACAGUGCAGACGCCGGUCUGCCGGCCCAUGCCGACUUUUGUAGACCAUUCCUCCCGGCUCAAACUCGACUUGACCUCGAACUUGACCUUUCCUCAAAACACCCCGAUAAUGGGACAUACUCCAUAGUAUAUGACCUUGUAUCAAGCAUUCUAUCAGCGACUCGAAAGCGUCACCGAGAUACUCACAUUCACACUAGAAUUUACCCU